CGUGCCAUGUUCAGUCGUUAUCAGGGCUCGUAAGCGGGACGGUGUAAGUGUCGGUUGUCCGCCGACCAUGAACUCUCAGCCGGAAUUCACUUGAGCUUCAGGACUGUCGUUCUGCUCUAUGGACGUUCGUCGUCGCGACAACGAAAGUAAAAAUCGUCGAGGAACGUUACCUACUCGCCGGGGAUCGGUGCACAGGCCAAACACAGCAGUUAGGAUAAUCGUGGAUUUCGCUUGACGUUCGCACGUGCGUUUACGAUCAGGAAUCGGUUCGGUUUGUCACGGGGCUGCCAACUGUGCGAGUGCAGAAAAAAACAUGAAAAGUUGGUCGUUACUCGCAGUCGUCGCCUGGCUGCAGUGUCACGUCGCUGGUACUCGUGCUGUUCCAGCAAGAACGACGGAGGGCCAGAUUCUGCUCGGCGAGGUCGAUAUCGCGGUCCAAGGGAGCGAAUUCGACGAAAUCACGACGGAACAGACGUUCCCGAAAAAAUGCGUCGUCAACGGAAACGCGUAUUCCCAUAGUCAGACGAUACCGUCCUACGACGCGAAUUCUCAUUGCCUCUGUGUCGCCGGGGAGGUAUAUUGUUGGUGGCAGAAUUACAGUCCGAGCACCGAUCCAUCCGCCGGCGGCCCCUCGCUCCUCCCGUCGACAACGAUAGAAAGUAAUUACACGCCGUCGCUGGAGGAGAGCACGGACGCCGACGACAGCUCGGAGGAAGCUUUCGGUGAUCCGGAGCAGCAGGGAUACGCGGAGAUUAACGGGACGUACUCGACUACUUCGCAGCCCGCGCCGACUACGUGCCUCGUGAUGGGCAGGGAAUACCGGGAGGGCGAAGUGCUGCCGCACUCGACCGGGAACUGCAUCGAGUGUAGCUGCGGUUCCGAGGGCCGCGUCGAGUGCUCGCCUCGGGACUGCGUAGCACUGCGACCCGAAAUGCCAGUCGCACCUAACAUCCCGGACGCACCGGACGACGACUUCGAGGUGUUCAAUUUCGACCGAGGGAUCGACGAGAGCUUCUAAGGAAUCUGAUAAUCACGAUCGUCGCGUGCUGCCUCUGGCCUAUACAUUCCACGGUGAUAUCCUUCGUUUUCGUUGUUUCCAUUAAUCCUGUCUGUGAUGAUUUUAAUACUUUCGAUGAAGACGAUUUAAUUGCCGAUGAUGCACCGGGUGGAACGCUCGAAUGAGAACCAUUUAAAUAUACCUCCGUCGUUCGUGGAUCUUUGUUCAUUAACUCCUAACGGUCGACAAUGUUCUAUUAACCGUCCGCGGACGAGACUGUUUGAAAUGUCUAAUAUUUCUUUUCACGAAAUAUUGAAUUAUGCAUUGAAGCCUUAGAUACUGAAAGAGAAAAACUACAUGAUAGUCUCUCGUUGAUUGAAUAAUUGAAUUAUUCACUUGCGAUUUUCGAUUUUAAAUAUCGAAGCUCGAAGUCGCCAUUGCGGCGACAUUCAACCGCAAAGGGUUCUUUAUUGGAUCGGUUUGGCAUGCAGCUCGAAUAUACAAACGAAGCCACGAACUCUUCUAGAAUGGAAUCAAUUCUAAGCUACCGAGCUCUUGUAAAAUCCUUGACUUUACUUCCGGGAAAAAUCGACCGAGGAGAAUUGUUUAUUUUUUUCUUUAAGUAGUUUCACUCGCUACAACCACGACUGGUGAACAUCAAUUGGUCACGCUAAUGACGUUACCGGAGGAUGCUGGAUCUGGGCAGUGACAGUCAUCUGAAAUUCGACUGUCGUCUACUUCCACUUGGAUAUCUAUACGUUGGCACUUCUUACCUUUGUACAAAUUAUAGAAGGAAACCUCUCGUUACAUUAUUUUGAUAAAAAAUGAUGUUUGAAACAAUACUCUAAACAAAUUUCUUACAAGUGUACAAUCGGAGGAAAUAUUUCGAUGUCCCUUUCAAGUGUUCCACCCUGUAUACAUAACGUAUACUUUACAUUGGAACGGUUUGCGUCUCUUUUUAUAAUUAGAAUACGACAUUUAGAAACAUAUCAGAACGUUUAUUGUAAAUAGAUAGAAUAUAAGUUAAGGAAGCGGCCUAAUUGUUUCCGUUAUUUUCAUAUCGAUCGACAGCAACGCUGAGCUAACGAAAGUCUUGAAUUUCAUUUAACGUCGAUAGAAAAUUUAUUGAUUCCUUAACCGACUCGUUAACCCUCUGACUGCUGGCCACUCGAUAGCAAAGUGUUCAUUACUUUCGCGAGUUUGGUUCAUCGAUUAUAUGAAAUUAAAGGAGCCUCUUUUCCGUUCAAUAUUUUGCGUUCAUUAUACAUAUAUAUAUAAAACAGAAAAUAUUUAACUCUUUGUACUCGAAAAGUAACCAUCACUUAAUUUAACGUAUUAAACUUACAAAGUUCGAUAGUUAGUAUUACAUUUUGUACUAUGUAUUAAUAUAUGAAAUACUGUAUUAAAAUAGUUCUGUUUCUCCAUUUAUACAAUGUGAUUGUUUUCUAUAUUAGCUGUAAAAAAGUCGUCGACAUAUCAUGAUAAAAUGAUGAACAUUUACACUGAAAAAAACGUUUCGAGUGCAAAGAAUUGUUAUAUGGAGUAAUUCCAGGGAGAUGGCCAUAUUUUCUUGAAACCCUGUUCAAGUGAAAACUAAAAGAAUUAGAUCAUCAGAUUUGAUUUAUAAAUGAACUUUAAUUACUUCCUUACAACAUAAUCAACAAGAAUUACAAUUACAAAUGGAAAAGCAUCAGCCUGUAAUUUUUAUUGUAUCAAUUAUUUAUGCAAGACAAUUAAACUGGAAACCGGAAUUACUCUGAAUAAAACCGUUCUACUAUUAGUGGACGAAACACUGUAUCCAGUUGUUAACGUUGAACGUUCACGAACGUCGAUGGCGGUCGAAAGGUUAACGAUGCCUACACAUAUUCGCAAUGAAAUAUGUGAACUCGGCCUAUCAGGUCAAAUGUACUUACCCUGUAAGACUCGAGAUUCCCCUUUCUUUACAAGACAACGGAGAGACUAUGUGUUUCCCGCAGCGAAUCUUCGUGACGAUCGUCAUUGCAUGAGACCACACCGGCCAGUUUGGCUUCGCGUUUUCUAUGUAGAAACCCCAUAGGAUGAAAUAAUCGAAUCUUUCGAAAAAAAUUAUUGUAUACCGUAAACCGUCGACCCAUGUCGAUUCUCUCGCAAGUCGAACAGUAUUUUCUAUAAUAUCCCCCGCUCCGUGGAAAGCAAACAAUUCUGUAGACGUCGGCCUACAAUCUAUGAAUUAAUAGACCGGCUAUCGGAGACCGGAAGCUAAGUAUAACUGCAUAAGGCAACCCGCAUCCCCGAGCUAUAUUAAUAUCCAUGUCGUGGAAAGUGACAAAUAAAUCUUACAGUAUCCUUCCUCGUGAUUCAACACGUUGACCGCUACUUAAAUCGGCGCUCUUAACUUAUAAAUAUGGACGUGUGAUCGCACAGACCUCUACAUAAAAUAUCGUGAACUUUAGAAUCACUGAAAUCUUCGGUAUAGAUGAUAUUAUUGUUAUGUAGAGGUAUUUAAAUAAGUAAAAACAAAUAAAUACAAUACAUUUUCUAUUAGUUGCUACAAACGAGCGUAUUUAACAUUAAUCGGUCACUCUCAGACUUCCAUACUUGAAGGUUAAGUUCACGUCCAUACUUAAAGGUCAACACUAAUACUACUAAUACUACUGAGUAAUCAAAUUAGCUUACUUUUACUCUUAUGCAGAUAGUAGAAGGUUUAUUGAGAUUUUGAUUGGUUUAUAUUGUAAUUCGUAUUGGAGAGGUUAAAAUUAUGAUCGGGCUAAAAUCAUUUUUCACUUAUUCUAUUUAACUUUACUCUUUGUUUCACCUUUCGUUAAUAUGUUCCGUGGCCCGUUUCCCGUUUCCACUCUAUUCAUUGGAGACUUUCAAUAUUGACGCAGUGCGUCGUAGUAUUGAUUAUCUUUAAUUAUGUACGUCGUACUUUUUCGUUAGUAUAAUUUAUAUUUUUAUUCUUGAAAAAUUUAAAAGUAUCGUUUAUACAUUUCAAAGUUUUGCAGUUUUAUAGUAGCUUCCGAUUGAGAAAAUAUAAAUAUAGUUGCUGAUCAUGUUAACGAAACGAACAACGUUUUUAAUAAUAUUCUUUACGGUAGUUUUCAACUUUUCAACUCUAAUAAAUUCAAUAGUUUCAAAAUAUGAUUUUAAAGUCUGGGUUUUCUUUCGUUCAUUUAAUUUUACAUUAACGCCUAUAUCAUCUCAUUAAUCAGUUUUUCAAUUUUCGUUUUUUUCCUUUAUUUCUAUUUUCACUAAGAAAAGUUGACCAUCUAACUUAUUUACUUUUAUUUUGUUACCAGUCAUCUAGUUACGAUAAGAAUUGGUACAUACAAAAUGCCGGUACGUUUAGUGUUAAUGAACAUUACAAGUACAAUUGAAUUGACUAUUUCGAAAUUUGAAUAGUAUGUUCAUUUAAUGCAGAAUUCCAAUAUCAGGACAGAAACUGCGUCGCCGAUGCACGACUAACAUGGCGGUCAAAGUGUUGAGAUCGGGAUACAGUCAUAUCCUCCUGGUGACCUUCAGCUGAUUCAUGGCUCUAAUCUUAUCAAAAUUACGUGGGUUCACGACCAAAGUUUCACUUCCGAUCCCAAUGGGAAAGAAAAAGUGGGCGCACCGAAUCUGUGAAAUCGUAGUUCUCGUAGACUUCGAUCUGGAAUUUGUUCGCGAACGUAACGGUUCGGGGUUUUUAUAUAAUCAAACAUCAUAUCACGAACAAAGAUAUCACCAAGAUAUACGAGACUUUUACCAAAGGCGGUUAGCAUACUUCGAUCUAACGAUAAGUAUUAACGAUACUUGAACAGCGCCAAACGCAAUAUUGAAUCUCUUUCGAUAAAACGAUGCUUGUCCCCACGUGUACGGGAUUUAGAUACGUAAGAGAGUCCGUAGCGUGCUCCGUCGGCCGAAUUUCGUUUCACGAUGGAGGGUCGCUGUCAGGAUAAUAUUUCUAUUGUGGAGAUUGGUGCGUGUAAUUAAUGAUCUGUGGAAACAUUAACUCUUUGCACUUGGAAGUUGUUCACUAGAGAUAGACGACAGUUUUAUAACUCAUUGAGAUAUCACACACAAAUUGAGAAACAAUACUAUUUUAUUUUGAUACUUAUUACCUUGAUGCAUUAUAUAAAGCUUAACAUUAGAUUUACGGAACAAGUUAUAUAAUUUGACUCGUAUGGAAUUUGAGAAAUAUUAUUUGGUAAAUUUUUGGGUCGAUUUUGAUUGAUGCAGUUACGCAAAUAUGUAUCCUAAUUGUCUACUUUUAAAUCUGUAAUUUUCAAGAUUUAAAUGAACGAACAUCUAUUGUCCAAGAAUCAAUGGAACAAAGUGUACAGUAAAUGUCCGUAAAUCUAGUGUUAAGAUUAAAUAAAAAACUUUAGAAUUUUGGUAUAUUAAAUCGUGUGGCGACUGAGUCGUCUCUCGAGUGCAAAGGGUUGAUUGUAUCUAGUCAAUCUUUUCUGUUAAAAAAAUUGCUAACAUUUUUUAUUUGUUAGACCUUAUGCUUUCGUUUGCACACAAGAAUUGACUUGAUCCAAUGACGUUGAAAUUUUAACAUUUAAAAUUAUUUUUUAUAAACAUGGUAGAUUACAUGAAGUUACAAUUUCUCAAAUUUUUUAUACGCACCAGCCUUUACAAUUUAGGAUCUUUAUUAAAAAACGUUUAUCCUGAGAGUGUCCUGUCCUUACCGGAUAAUGUCUUGAAUUAUAUAGUGUUCUACCUCUAUAAAUACGUUGAAUACGAUUGUUUCAUUGAUUUCAGGAAUUAUUUAUACACAUUCUAUGCAGUUACAAUAGACGCAACUUCAAACAAAAAUAAAUGAAGUUUUCGGUUUAUUUUUCAUUUAACAAAUCUCUGAACUAAUUUAGUUGAAAUUCUGUUUCAGUUUUUAUUUCCAUGAAGUAAACAUUUCCUCGUACUAUUCGUAAUCUAAUAUUUAUAGAGUGGGAAUACUGUCUGUGUACUGGGUGAACAACAUAACAUGAUCACUUUAAAUAAUAUAUAAAUACAGUGGUGUAUGAAAAAUUAACUAUAUUAUACUUACAUGUACAAAGUGUUUUACCAGACCUUUUAUAAAUUAAUAUCUAGAAACAUAUUAAUGUUGUCGAUGAUUAUCUGCAAAGUUCAUCGCACGAAAAAUUGUUUCGUAGUAUGUUAACUAAGAAAUCUAGUUCCGCUUCAUGUGUGAAAAAACGGUAGAAUAAAUUUUGUUAUAUUUACAUAGUCCUUACCGAUCUAAUUAAUUUAUGAUUGAAAUAUUUCUCAAAAUUUUGCAUGCAUCGGAAGCUAUGAAUUUAAACUCCAUUACUACCAUUCUAACGUUAUAAAUAAGUACAUAGCAUUUUCUACUGAGCUUAAUGAAAAACAAAGUUACAACGAUACAUUCUAAGACUGGGGGAGACACAAAAAAGACAAAUAAGAAGUGUUUACAACAAUGUAAUAUUUUUUUAAGUAGAUAGGUGCAUCCAAAAAUGUUUAAAAAUGAAAGGACCUUAUUUUAAAUAUUUAUUGGACUAAAUAAGACUAUUGAUUAUAAAAAUCGUUCUUUUGACCUUUCUUCUCCUCCCUUCCUUUACCGGAGACGUUAAGACGUAAUUAUAAUAAAAAAUAUUUAUGAACUUAUAUACUUAUGUAAAUACUUAUGUGUUAUAAUCCUAAUAGAUAAUUUAAAAUAUUAUAAUUUUUUAUACAAGCAACUUUGGAAAUUGUUUCAAGCAAAAAUUAUUCAACGCAGUGAAGGCCAUGUAAAUAUAUAAAAAUACACUUUACACUUCGUUCAAAAAAUUGCAACUAUCCACCGUGUUCACGCUUGAAGUGAAAUUAGAUUUUUUUGAAGAAAAAUGGAGGGUGAAAUCGCCUCAGUGUCGUUAAUAGGUUACUAAAUUGAACUUUUAAUAGGUUUUGUGAAAUGCCCUGUAUACCUAAAAGUUGCACAAUGUCGAAGGAUAUAGUAGAUAAAAAAUGUAUUUUUUAAUUCCGUGGAAACAUUUUUGAGUUUCAAAAUCAACUUAAUAUAAAUGCUGUUAAUGAUUUGAAUAAAGCGAUAUGUUUUGUUUGUUAUUAUGAAGUUUUAAGCUGUUAAUUAUUAAAUUUAGGAUUAACGAAAAUUAAUACGUUUCUCUUAAAAUAAUAACAUUAGAGGAAAUACACGCUUCAUUAAAUCAAGAAGAAGCAUAUAAAUUAUUGAAUGUACCCUUCGAAAUUAUAUAACUUUUGUAUGUAACAAUUUUUCAUGUGACGUGUUAUUCCUAAUUUAUUCUACGUGAUCAAUCUAUGUAUGUUACCCACCCUACAAAUAUUGUUAGACUGCCGAAAUUUAUGCAUCUGAACAACAUAACAAUUCUCAGCAAAUUGUAAAAUAUCAGUUUCAAUAAUAGUUAAAGUAGUUUCAUUUUGUUUUCCAUUCAAACUGUUGAAAAAAUUGAAUUUCCUUUCAUUAAACUUUACGUUUGAUUGUACAGAUGUUGACUACCAUAACUUCGGCAGUCUAUAAAUUGUACACUUUAAUGAAAGAAGGAACAGAGACAUUCCGCAUCGUAUGACUCAACCUGCAUAAUAUAACAUGCAUAUGUAUGUAUUAUAUAUUCGUGUAUACACGUACCUAUAUACACAUAACUUCAUAAGUCGUUGGACAUUAAUAAAUUGUGAAUAACAACGAAUUCAUUGCACGAAAUCGCUUAAACUAUGAAAUUAAAGAAUCGAUAUUAAUUUCCAUACUGUAAAGAAAGUUCAAGUCAAACUUUAAGUCGUUAACAAUUUUUUAUUUCUGUCCUGUCAAUGUUUCCACUUAGUUUUAUUUCUUUUUUUAAAUACUUAUGAGCUCAUUUAUUUAUUAAUUAAUGCGUUUCUCUUUAUCCAUUGUUAUUGUGUAAUAACUUCAGUUUUCACAUUGCCAAUUUUCUGUCACACACACUCUAUUCUAAUUUUCUCCACUUUCUUUUCAAGCAAUUGAAUGUCCGGUGACUUAUGGAUGACGGUGUGCGUUACGCGAGGAACCAAGUAUUGAGAAAUAAUAUCGUAACUAGGAGUAGAGUACUUAAAUAUUACCAAGAGACUGCGGAUCUCUAUGCAAAUAUAGACGUUUAGGGAUCAAUUUGCAUGAAUGAGAACGAAUUUGGAAACUGCAUUGUUCCCUAAAGGUUUUGUCAGGGUAAACACGAAAUACAAGAAAUAUUAUCGAAUUCCGUUCGUUUCACCGUUUCAUUGCGCUUUAAACACCUGUGUACACUGUAUACAUAUGCACAACAUCCGCAGUCUAUUUAUCAAUAUUAACUGCCCUUUGUUCUCCGUUAUUAUUUCAACGAGAUUCUGAAACUCCGGAAAUGCAGUGUAAUCGGAAGAUGGACGAAACAAUUUCAUUGCUAUCUACACAAAUAUAUUAACCCCUUGCCUUACGAUUUCUUUCUCAACUAUGAUCAAUACAACGACUUUAACAUUACUAAUUUACCCAAAAAAGUGAAAAAUCCUAGGUCCAGAAUGUCCUGUCCGUUUCUGAAUUGAAACGAAAUAAUACAUUCACUAAUAUUUACUGAACGAUAUAAUUUCCAUCGUUACUAAUGAUUUCUUCCCAGCGCGAUGGUAAUUUGUGGAUUUCGUUUCUGUAAAUUGACUCAUCUUUGGAAGCUUGAAAUGUCAUUAUAGGACAGAACUUUCCGGUAGAAAUAUCCGGCAAUUUAAUAUACAUAAUCUAGUGUAAAGUAUAAUAACUGAUAACAGAAGAAUAAUAUUCUAUUUGAAUCAAAACGAAUCGAGUAACAUUUAUAUCCGUUAAAUUCUAUUCGAAAUCUUCGCCACGAGUCAAACACGACACGAUAAGGCAAAGGGUUAAGGAUUACGAUGAAAAGAAUCACUGAUUUCGUGCAUUCUUCUUCGAAGAGUUCUGGGCAAUUUCGUCGGGGAAACUUGUCACAAUAACAAUCAAUAGAACCUCUUAAGAUCAAGGAAAUGAGCUGUCUCCGGCAGUGAUCCAUCUUCAAACCGCUGUACCAUGAAACGUUUGACCCUAGAACGCCUGACGUACUUUCUUCGCAUCAAACAGGAACACUUUUAUCAUGUUCCCUUGAACACAAGGGAAACGAGUGAUUUGAAAAUUGUCGGUGCGAGAGGACCACCUCACAAAGAUUCUUUUAGGAGUUUUAGGGUGAACCACGUGGAGAACAUGCGUAUAAUUAGCGACCUAUGGUAGCAUCGAGGCACAAAAAGAACGGUCGAUUGUAAUUAUACUUUUGCGGCGACGAGAAAAAUUAAUUGUUUUUAGUUAGAGUAGUUAGAUAGCGAUCCAAUGUGAUAUAUAUAUACAUACAUACACACACACACACACAUAUAUAUAUAUAUAUACAUCCAAAAAGUAACUUUGUCUAAAGGUUUUACAAUAUCUAGAGGAAAGAUAACGAUCCUAUUCGUGAGAAUAUUGUAAUUAAAGGUUAGAAUAGAGCGGGAACGAGGAGAGUUUCGAAUGACGGUGUCGGGUUCGCCCCUUGCAACGAGUAAAUUUAUCGUCGGACGACGUUAUAAAUCCCACUUUUUUUUGGGGUCCGCUUAACGAUAUUAUGACGAAGCGAUUUGCACGCGUAAUGCCCCUCCGUCACAGAUAGUAAAGGUAGGAAGCGUGAAAGAUUCAAGUAUUUUUUAAUUGCAUGGUUUUUGAACAGGAACCGUAGACAAUCGGCGCGUUGUUUCGCGCGCUGGAAAAUCUCCCCUGUUGAAACGUGGUACUCGAGAUGGGGGCAAUGGGAAAACAUACAAGUAGAAAAAGCGAUGUAUAGAUUUACCGAGCGGAGUUGAAGUCUGUAACGCGCACGCGCAAGAUAGAAGAAGCCCACUGUCAAGGAGCCGCCAAUUGUCCGCAAUUGAUAUAAAUGUUCUUCUUGUCCCAUGGAAAUAUCGUUUUACCUUUUCUGUAUUUUAUCUUCCGUCAAUUUUCCCUAACUCCGUACACUGUUUCCCACUCUGGACAUUUUCCCAUUUAACUACUCCUCCCUAGCCCAACCAUUAAUCCUCUCCAGCUGUGUCUCCAGCAAUUCUCCUUACCCACUGCCACAAACUUCAAGUUUGCUCGGUAAACCUAUACCCGCGGGACCACCAUGGCAAUUCAAACUUCUUUUUUUUUCGUUAAUGUUUAGAGUUGCGUGACGAUCUCGUACGUCUUCCAAUCCCACAAACUGUUACGUCUCCCCUGCGUACCCGUGGGAAAUCACCUUCUUGAACAUGGUUGUGUACACUAA